AGACUUUCGAUUUCAUAUCAGAUGUAAACUGUGUUUGAAAUGGAUGUUAUAAAGAAUAGUUCCAUUGGCUGAUCAAGCUUAACUCCCAUUCCCUUUGGUAUCUUAAUCGGCGGUACUUGGUUAACGUAUUGACGAAGAAAUGAAAACAGGCGGGAAAAGAAGAACGGUGGUGCCGACGAUCGGAUCCCGGUACAAUCGUCCGUAAAAUCCUGUGUAGCAUCGUGAUGGUUCGUUCGCAGAGCGGACGACCGUUCUGCAACAACGGCGGUGCAUGAUCUUAUGCGUUAGUGGGAGACCUACAGGCAGCAGGCUGAAUAAUAAAAUAUCAGAGCAUAUUUCGGCAUCAGUAACACCCCUCCAUGUUUGUCUGGAGGAACAAAGAGGACCAGAAUUGGGCUCUUGCGGAGCCUUGGCUUGUAAGCCACAGGCAAAAAAGUUGUUUAAGAAGCAGAAAAGGGAAGGUAGGUGCGGCGAAGAAGUGGAGAUUGAAAUUAUCGGAGUCGAAGGAGGAGAUUUGAAACUCAGUCAGCCGAGUAUGGCCAACACGAUCAAUAUGAAGAUGACCAACCGUAUAAAAGGGAUCGUGAGCAAAAGUCGUAAACGUUUCACGGAAGAUGGUUUUGACCUUGAUCUCACAUAUAUAAGAGAUAAUUUAAUAGCAAUGGGUUUUCCAGCUGAAAAAUUAGAAGGCGUAUAUAGGAAUCAUAUAGACGACGUUGUUAAACUGUUGGAAUCUAGACACAAAGAUCAU